AUGUAUAGGUGCGUGGCGAUCCGUAACCGAGCAAGAAGUUGUGCUGACCGCGUCGUGGACAUGUACAAGGAGUACCCUCGUGAGCUUUUCGGCUUUGAGAAUGUCAAGCUGCAGCCUGGCGUGCUUACAUUCCGCACUAUCCUACGUAGCCGGACAUCAUCGUCCAAGCGGAAGGCAUUUUUCAAGGAGGUCAGCUCCUUAGCAGUGGUGGACUUUGCCGACAGCCUGUGCAGCAUACUGACCCGUCUUAAACCUGCUCCUAGCGUGCGCGCCGCGGCCCACACAGGACAGCGAGACAAGCCUUUAAAGCCUUUCAAGCGGUGGUACUAG